AUGAGGGAAACAACUGCAGACCCUGUGGUGAGAGUUGAAGCCCAGUCUUUGGCUGAGGAGAUUGGAUCUUACCGUUUUAUCAUUUGCACAACCAUAUGGUAUGACAUCCUCUACAAGAUCCAGCAUGUGAGCAAACUGAUGCAGUCACCCUCCAUGCAGUUAGAUGUGGCUGUCGACCUGCUGAAGAAAACAGGAGAUUCCCUCACCUGCUACAGAAGGACUGGAUUUUCUGAUGCACAGACAACUGCAAAGGAGAUGUGUGAGGAGAUGAACGUGGAGUCUGUUCUCAAGCAAAAGCGGUUGAGAUCCACAAAACGGCAGUUUGGUUAUGAGUCUCCAGAUGAGCCUAUUGAUGAUGCACUUAAAAAAAUGGAAAUCACAUUUUUUAAUGUGGUUGUGGAUACAGCCCUCUCUUCACUUGAUGAGAGAUUUCAGCACCUUGAAGAGGUAAAUGACAAGUUUGGAGUGCUCAUCAACUUUCCCACCACAUCAAACGAAGAACUGCCAAAGCACUGUCAAACCCUGAGCUCUGCUCUGACCCAUGAUGGACAACCAGACAUUGAUGGCAGGGAACUUGCUGCAGAAAUGCAAAAUGUUCCACAUUUGCCAUCAAAGAAGAUGACAAACAUGGAACUAUUGACCUUCCUUCAUGAGAAGAAGCUGACAGAAAUGUACCCCAAUUUGUGGGUUGCUCUGAGAAUCUCUGCCACUCUUCCUGUUACAGUGGCUGCUGCUGAAAGAAGCUUCUCAAAGCUCAAACUGGUCAAAACUUACCUGAGAGCUUCUAUGGGACAAGAACGUCUCAGUGGACUAUCCAUCAUAAGCAUCAACCAUGUGGUCUCAAAACAGCUGUCUUAUGAUGAUGUCAUAGAUCAUUUUGCUUCAAGAAAGGCAAGGAGAGUCAGGUAA